GCGAGGGCCGGGAGAGUGAAAAGUUCGUGUUUCGGUCUGUUGGGGCCAACGGAAGCGAUCGCCACCGGGAGCCGAUCGAUUUCGGGAUCGGGAUCGCGGAGGGACCCGAAGGCGACCCACCGCCUGACCUCUUCUCGGAAGAAGAUAUUGUGGUGGGAGCGCGGACGAAAAAGAAAGCCUGCAGCAGAAGCAGCAGCAGCAGCGAGCGGGUGAGCAGGAGAAGGAGGAAGAGGAAUUUCGAUAAUGGGAUGCGAGUUGGGGGGGAGUAAGCUGAGCUGAGCUGAGUUGUGAGUUGUGAGUCGAGUUGAGUUAAUGCGAGCACGAGAGUUGGAGUGCCAAAUCGGGCAUCAUCCCAUCCCGCACAAGAAGUGCUCAGCGCCGGGGGCUCCGCUGCCCGAGCCUGUGAGAACGCGCUACUGCUUCUUCUCGGCCUGCCUGUGUGCCACCUCGCACUCGUUCCUCUCUCUCUCUCUCUCUCUCCCUCCCUCUCUGUCCGUCUCUCUCUCUGGGGCCUCGCCUCGCCUCCCGCUAAGCGGCCUCUGACAUUCAUCUCUCACUGUCUGUCCCUCUCUCUCACACAACAACACUCUGAGCUUGUCUGACUGACUGUCUUCACCUUCCACGCUCCCUCCCCUCUUCUUCCGCACCCGUCUUGUAGUAUCAUCAACACGCCCUCCCCUCCCCUCCUCUCUCUCUCCCUCUCCCUCUCCCUCUCACUCUCCCUCCUCUAGCUCUCUCUGCCUCCAUCUCUCCCUCUCGCUCCCCCGUGUCACCUCCUCAUCUCCUCGCCUCUCCUCUCCUGGUCGCUCUAUCUCGCCCCUUCUUCAAUCGUCUGUCGCGCAUUAGCUCUCCUCCUAUCCCAGUCUCCUCUCGCCUCCCUCUCCAGUCGGUCUUCUUCCUUUCUGACGCGCACACGGACCAGCAUUGCGCGGACGAAUGGCGGGGGACGGUGAUGUGCUGUGAUUGUUUAAACUCGGUCUUCAUGGAAAGGGAACUUGCCUUUUGUGCAAAGCUUGUGCUUGCGAACUUGUGGGGACAGUGAUAUUCCCGUCAGUACUCUUUACCUCGGUGAUUGGUACUUUCGAUGGCAUACGCGUCUCCAUUUCACGAGUGAAACCUUGUUGAUUUUAAUGAUAUUGGAUAUAUGAAAUCUAUCAGCGCCUUGGCUGCUUAAAUUCUUGGAUUUGACGGCUGCUCGGAUUUGAGACCUGCAUCAGUGCAGUGUCCCUUAUCCUUGCAAAGUGAGAUGCUUCACAUUCUAUCGGAUCGUUGACACCUUGUACGAACAGCUCAGGAAACCGAUACUCAGUUUCUACCCACUCUUUCUCAAGCAGAGGAAGAGUGACAGUCUUACGCGUUCCGUAAGAAGAUGAGUGAAGCCGGAGGAAAUGAGCAGGACGUUACCUCUGUUGCCAGGACUCUAGAUUUCUCCCUGGCUGAAAGCGGACAUCCAGACGGGAUGAAUGUCGAUCAGGCCGUAGAAUUGGAUACUGGUGAAGCUGGAAACUCGGUGGCUGUUCACCAUGACGACGAAGAAGAAGAAGACGGAGGUGCACUUCAAAAUCUCGAAGAAGGUGGCGAAGAGAAGGGCGAAGAGAAGCAUGUAAUUAGUCAUGGGGCAGAGAAAGCGGAGCAUCUCAAUGCCUCGAGUCUAAGAGAGGAUGAAUUUCAGAAACUUUUACUUCUGGCUGAAGAGUUCGAAGCAGAUGAAAAGACCGGAGAUGAUGGCGAAGAUACAGGGAACAUGGAGGGAGUUGAUGAAGGCAAGGGAGAUUCUGGCAACAAGGAGGACCGUGAUGGCAAGGGCCUUGCUCUCAAGGUGAAACCAGGCGCUGGAAAGACUCAGAAGACAGGAGCCGCACCUAACAGGAAGGGGCCAACGCCUGUUGCCAGAGUUUCCAAAGUCCGGCCGUCUACUGUUCCAAUUACAUCGGGCAAGAACGACAAGACAGAAAUAGAUGGAACUCCCAAGCGAAAGAGGCACGGAGAAGAAGGCGCAGUUGAUAGUGAAUCGCGUUCUCUGCCCACUACGCCCUCUGUUAAUCGCACCAGCAAUGGAACGCGGAAGUUAACUGUUCCGCAACCAUUUGCAUUGGCAACUGACAAGAGAGCUUCACUUGGGGGCCGACCAACGGAUGGUGACUUGGCAUCCAGGCUUGCCUUGCCGUCUUUGAAGAAGGCCCCUGCCCCAGCUAAGUUAACAUCAAAGCUUUUUACGAAGCCAUCUGAGGGCCCUAAGCGAUAUGAACAGGGCACAGGUAAGGUGAAGAAUGCAACUUCAUCUUCUGAGGAUGAUCCCCGGUCCGGAUCUCUACCAUAUCCUGCACUGAAAAUUAAAGCAAAUCAGCCCCCUGUGACGAGUGCGAGCAGUUUCCAAUUCAAGUGUGAUGAGCGUGCAGAGAAGCGCAGGGAGUUCUAUAAUAAACUUGAAGAAAGGCUAAGCGCCAAGGAGGCCGAGAAAACGCAGAUUGAAGCCAAGACUCAGGAAGAGAUUGAAGCCAAGAUUAAGGAGCUCCGAAAGAGUCUAACUUUCAAAGCUAAUCCCAUGCCGAGCUUUUACCAGGAAGCCCCACCCCCGAAAGUCGAGAUCAAGAAGAUUCCAACGACACGUGCGAAGUCUCCUAAGUUGGGUACAUCUCGGCGUAGCAGUGGUGUAGGGACUAUGAUGGAGGAUGCCAGAUCCUGUAGAACUAGUAGAACUGAUCUUGAACACAAAUUAAAUGGCCUCAGUGACGAUGGUCAAAAUAAGGACAUCAAGAAAGCCCUGAAAAAGCCGUCAGCACUCACCAAAGCUCUAAGCGACAAAACGAUGAGAUCUGCCAAGAGUAACGGAAGACUGGACAACUCCAAAGCUCAGGCAGCUGCUUCAUCUGGGGUCGGUGAGACUGAUGCCAAACCGAAAGAGAAUAAAGUAACUGUAUCGGACUCGGCUGGGGAUAGUGAUGAAGGCAAGACUAACAAUGCCGAAGCUGCUCAGGACACCAUCAAGGAUGAUGCAGCACCCGUUGGUGAUUCUGUGACCAGUGACGGCAGUAACGGACUAAAUGAGAAAGAUGGCAGCGGUGGAGCGAGCGAGAAGGCCAGCCGACCUUCCCAAUCGUCCUCGUCCUCUGCAUCGGAAGAAGGGAAAGACAAGAUUGUGAAGACGACGAAGCAAAAAUUGAAAGCCAGCACGCCCACACUUAGCAGUGCCGCCAAGCGUGAAACACCUAUUAAGCAUAGUAGCAAGAACAGUACCGAGAUAGCUCACAGCGCUGCCGAUGUGGCUGUUGCAUCAUAGGCCGAGGUAAUUGCACCCUUGAGAGAUAACCAGGCAACCAUGCGAACGUGGCUGGCACAUCGUUCCACGUUGCCCCUUGUGCACUGACAGCUUCUGGUGUUGCAAUCUUUGCUUGCUCCUUUGCCAACAGGGUCGAUCUAGCUUCACACCAGGCAGAAGUGCGUAUCUGGUGAGCAAGGCUGCAACGUCAUCAGAAGCAGCAGCUGUGUUAAAAGCUUCUACUGCGUUACUAUGAGUUGUUUGUCUUUCCUGUUUGUUGGAGAAGGAAGUGUGGAAGAGAGAGUAGUGGUUUUUUUGCAGCAGUGAGACCCAUAGCGAGUAGAAGGGUCAGCAGCAGGUUGAAUUUGCAGUCGUAACAAAUAUAAUGUAUACUUUCCAGGACUACCCAGUUUCUUGUCAAAUCCAGCGUGAGAGAAGUAAUGAUGUCUUCAGGGCGACUCGUCUUUGGCAGCUUAGUAGCUUUUCUAACGGUCGUGUUGCCUGUCCUCACGAUCAAGUUGACUAAUCAAGCCCUUGACUCUUGGCCUACUGCCCAAGCGUCAUGAUGUGCGAUUUUCCUGACAUAUGGCAUUGCAUGUGAUGCUGUAAAUAAAUAUAUUUUCAUGACAAGGCUCUAUCCUCGGUGUAAGGGGCCCUGCAUCCUUCUUCUCCACUCGGCUUCGACUUUGCGUCGCCGAAGCUCUCGAGACUCAUCCUGCCGAGCGCUCCGCCACGCCUCCUCCUCCUCGAGGGUCGGUCGAUCAAAUGCAGUGGCGGUUCGGGACGGAGGGUAGCCCGAGCACGUAGGAUUGUAGAGUUCAAGUCAGUGUGGAAUCGCCGUCGUCCCGGACCUACGCACGAUCCGUGCAGAGUCGUGCGUGGCUCGACGAGAAGCGUAGCAGAGGACGUGAUCGAAAGAGUUCUUCGCUCGUGCCCCCACCCCUCCCCCGCCCCGAGCGGGCAGCUCGUCUCGUCUCCCGUGCAGGCCGACCCGGGAUCGGGCCCGGCCUGCGGACUGUGGGAGUGAGUCGCUAGUCGAGUGUCCGAGGUGGCAAUUAGGUCGCUAGAUAGAGCGGGUGAACUCCGGGUCGUUUAGGAGCCUGGUACCGAUGUAAGCGCGCAGGCGCUUGUAUAACGCCGCGAGGCCUGCUUUGUAAGAAAUCGAUAUCAAUUCUGCA